ACAUUUACAUUUCGUAUGCAGUAAGCCACACAAAAAUCUGUUACGAACUUCGUAACGAUAACAAAUUGAAAGACUUAUUCGAGGCUAGGCAAACAUACUAUCAAUACCAUCAAACUAUAGAAGAGUAUCUAUCAUUGCCAUUGAAAUGUUUGAACCUCUACUUAUCGUAUAUGGAACGUGCUGUAGCUGCACUGGAAUCGGAUGCUGCUAGCAAAGUCACAGAUGAACUAGUCUCAGUUUCAACGGCAAUAGAGACAUUGAAAAACUUCUUAAACGUUAUUCAAAUGUGGAUAGCAGACACCACCAAAAAGCUUGGCUCGAUUCGAAAAAUGCAAACAAUAAAAUGUGUCUUAGUCGGAAGUUCUGUUGGUAAAACUAGUCUCAUUGUUUCUUAUAAAAACAAAGACUUCGAGGCGGCUGAGGAAUGGCCUAUUCCGUUCGAGAAAAUUGAAAAAACGGUUGUGAUUGACGAUGAACCAUACACUUUACAUUUAGUUGAUACUGGUAGCCAAGAGGCCUAUGAUUGCUACAGACCAUUUUCAUAUAUAGAUGCGGAUGUAUUCUUGGUAUGUUAUUCUGUGGUCCUACCUUACUCAGUGGAUUACGUGAUGGAAAAGUGGCUGCCGGAGAUACGGCAUUUUUGUCCAAAUAAACCGUUUUUGUUAGUCGGAACACAAAUUGACCUGAGAUUUGACAAGAAGAUAUUGAAGCUUUCACAAACGCCGAAAUCAAUAGAGGAAGGGGUAAAAUUGGCUAAAAGAUUAAAAGCAGUUAAAUAUGUUGAAUGCUCCGCAAAGUUUAAGGACACAGUAAAAUAUGUAUUUGACGAAGCAGUUCGUGCUACAGUUAAACCUUCUGAAAAGCCCAAAUCGACUAGAAGAUUUAAACUGUUUUGAUUGGAAACAAAACAACAACAACAAGUUGCGAAUUGGGAUUAGGGGGUCGGAGUGUAGAUUGCUCUUAAACUAUUUUUAAAAAAUUGAAUAUUUUUUGACAAACAUUUUUAUGAAUUAAA